UCGGCAAGUCAACAGUUGGCAAGUCACUUCUGAAGACUGAAGAAGAUUUUUCUCGUCGUAGCAGAUUAACGGUAAAACUAUGAAACGGCAAAAAAGUAUACACAUUUCGUUCUGCGAUUGUGUUUGAUACUCAUUCGUUUGUUUAAAUGUGCUGUCACGAAAGUAUUAAUUCACUGAACCUCCUCCGUUUGAUAGCGUCUGCGAUUCAUCACAAAGUGGUUCUGAAGUCGAGAGAAAUGGCAUCUUCGUUCGGUGGCUUUGAGGUUAUCCUUUUGCUAGCUCUGUCCUUAGCAGUUGUUCAUGGCCAAAAACUGCUUGCGAUAUUCGAUGAUCCCCUUAAUGCGGAAGAUGUGGUUGUAUCGAAUGAACCCACGUCUCUAGACCACUGCCACUUCCGGUACUACGAGUACGGAAAACAAUCGUACAUGAGAACUUCAUUUCGCGGACCCACCUACCAGCGUGAGUUCGCUCACAUAGCAGCCAUCGGAUGGACUCAACCGGACCAAUCCAUCUUAUGGGAUUGUGGUGGAACUUUGAUAUCGGAGAAAUUCGUCCUUACAGCAGCUCACUGUUUUGGAAAGGCUUUGCCAGAUGUGGUCAGACUAGGAAGUCUCAAUCUGCCCGAUGAUUCAGAUGAUAAGCAUGCCCAGCAGAUAAAAAUAGUGGACAUCAUCUAUCAUCCAAAACAUAACUUCACGCGUGGUUAUCAUAACAUCGCUCUAUUGCAACUGGAACGUAAUGCUGUGCUAAAUGGAACGGUAGCACCAGCAUGUUUGUGGAACGAUGAUGAGAUCCGCUUCAAAACAAUGGAAGCAACUGGAUGGAGAUUCAAUGCGCAAGUCAAGAGUCAACCGCCUUCUCUAUCCAAGAUUACGUUGGGUCCUGUUGACAAAAAGGAAUGUGGUGUAUGCCACAAAGAUCCACAUAGAUUACCUAAGGGAUUGGAUAAGAACCAAAUCUGCUACGGACAUGACGAACAGAAUACUUGUGAGGAUGGCAGAGGGAAUCCAUUACAGGUGAAGUUACUUCACAAUACUCGUGUCACACCCUUUGUGGUAGGUGUGACUUCGUUCGGGAUGAGGUGUGGCAUGGGAAAACCUGGUGUGUAUGUCCGUGUUGCACCCUACAUUCCAUGGAUACAAUCGGUAAUGAAAGAAAAAGGUGUUACUGAUGCAGAUUGGAUUCUGGAGCCUCAGGCAUGUGCGCGGAAGUACGUGAACCUCCGUGAAUACGAACCAAGAGUAGUGCUGUCGAAGGAUAAUACGCAAGAGCAGCUUGAUCUGGCUAAAGCGCAUUUGUUUAGCCAAGCAUCAAGGCAGAUGGUCAAAAUUCACUGGAACAGCACGGUAAUGAAUAGCUCAAACGAAUGUUAUGGCGUCAUCAUUGAUGAGACUACUGUCCUGACUCUUGCUCGCUGUACUAAGGUCAAUGGAACAAAACCAACGCACAUAACAUUUGGAAUGAACAAAACCAACGUCAUCACUCAUACUCAUAGGAAAGACUCGUUUAAAGAAGGCUCUAUUAGGAAUAGUAUUGGGGUUCUUAUACUUGCGGAACCCUUCGAGUUUUAUGACAAGUUUACACCAGCGUGUGUCUGGACCAAACAGAGCUUUCUUGAUCCAGAAAUGGAGGUCACGGGAAGAGGUCUUCGUGAUCUCAAUAAAUUCUUUAUCGACUUAGCCCCCGAGAUCAACCGCAUCUCCUUAUCGAAUACAGUGGAUGUGCUAGGUAUAGUCAAGGAGCAGAACUGUAACAAUUGUUCACUACCGUCACCGAUAAUACGUCGGAUACGUAGUAACCCGACAAAGGAACAUGUUUGCUUCGGUGCAGAACCGUUUCUCGUACCCAGAACGUGCGAUCAGGCAAUUGGAGGACCGUUACAGAGGGAGGUGGAUCGUUAUGGGCGAAGCUUGAUGUACGUGAACGCCUUGAACCUGUUUGGUAGAGACUGCGGAUUCGGUGAAUCUGCCGUAGCUAUCCGUCUGGCGCAUCAUAAACAAUGGCUAGAGAAAAUUCUGUACCCGAAGGCAAAGGUUGUAAGCUCAAAAAACAUACAGCAGGGUGAAUUUCUGAAGAAAAGAUUGGAAAAAGAAAAGAUUGGAAGAGACACCUGCACUGAGCCAAGUAAGAUUGAUAACGCUGAAAGCGGCGAAAAUAGCUUUCCAUCAACUUCGCAUGUGGUAUCAAUCGUUUGGCAAUACGGUAAUGAGGAACGCAUCUGCAUCGGAACGAUCGUCGCGAAUCAAACCGUGUUGACGGCUGCGAGCUGCACAGAUAUCUCGAAGCUUCCAUCGCAUGUGGCAAUGGUAGAUGCAACGGGACAUCUACGGCCUAUUGCACCAGUGGAAAAAGUGCUUAUUCAUCCGGAUUAUAAUAACGCAACGAUGGAGCACAAUAUUGCGGUGAUAAAAACAAACAACACAACCAUGAAGGAAGGAUUCGAGAAAACGCGCGCUUGUUUGUGGAGAAACGCAACGCACACACCAUUCAUGGUGGAACAACUCGUUUUGGCCGACAAGGUUCUGGACACGACACAAGCUCAUCUGAAGUACAACAACGACUGUCGGCGUGCUCUGGGGCGUGUUCUGUCAAUUUCCGAGUUAUGCUUGAAGGUAGAGGAUUGGGACGAUUCAGUGGAAUCGAUUGGCGACGGAAUGCCAGCAUUCUGGUUGAAUCGUGGUAGAAGAUAUCUGGUUGGAAUAGUUAGUCGCCGAUCGUCUUUCUCUGAUCGAUCUAUCGUUCUGUACACUCGAAUCUCAUCCUAUGUCGAUUGGAUCUAUUCCGUACUGUAGAAAUACAAGUAAAGGUAUUGUUUAAGUGAAAGAAGAAGAUCGCCUUUUUUUCAAUGCAUUUUUAAAACGAUAGUCAGAGGCAUCGCUAUAGUUUCGUUAGAAGAUAAUACAAAC